GAAAAAAGGCGCUCGUCCAGUGCGUUGCGGCUUCAUUCAGUACACCAGAAGUUUAACGACCGAUGAGUGAAUGGUAUAAAAAGAAGAAAAUAGUAUUAAACUGUAUUUUAUAUGAAGACGGAAGGAACUUUCCAUAGUUUGUCGGGCCAGCAGAGUUCAAACCAAAAUCGUAAACGAGUUGCUGAAGAACCGAUUGAAAACAGCAAGGAAAACCAGUUUCGUUCGCACCCGUUUCCACUCAAGAUUCCUUCCUUGGGCAACGGUAUUGGAAGGCUACAUUCAACCGAGGUUACCACCGACCGAAUCACGAUGAAUCCAGACACGAAUAACAACAACGCUAAGGAGGAAGAGGUUCGAACAUUGUUUGUGAGCGGGCUGCCAGCGGACGCGAAAAAACGUGAACUUUAUCUUUUGUUUCGUGGAUUCACGGGUUAUGAGGGGUCCAUCAUCAGAACUACAGCGAAACCUGGAAAGGCGCCUGUGCCGGUCGGGUUCGUAACCUUUGACUCCCGUGGUGAAGCAGAUUUAGCGAAGAAUUCACUUCAGGGCAUUAAGUUUGAUCCAGAGCUACCUCAUACACUAAGACUUGAAUUCGCAAAAGCCAACACGAAAGUCAAACUACGGCCAUCAUCCCCCGCUCAGGAACUCGCCAACCACAUUAUAGGAUACCUACCACAACAGUUCGGUUCUGCAAACCUCCUGCCUGCUGAGAUCUUCGGGCAACCAUACUCCUCCUACCCGGAGCUUCUGCAAGGAUUUCAAACUCAUCCGUCCGUAACACAAGUGGGCGCCCCAUUACAGGUGACCCCUGCACUCCACCAUAUAGCACCCAUUCACCCGGCACAACCACCACCACACGGCGCUAUAUUCACCCACCUUGCAGGCGCUCCGAUGAUGAACUUGGCUUUGGGGCAAGCUAACGGCACAACUGCCCCCACUUCAUGUCUGCUUGUGUGUAACAUUGGAGGGGGAACUACAGAGAAAGAAUUAAAAGAUAUAUUCUCUCGGUUCCAUGGUUACGUCAGAGCAAAGUUAAUCAACCGUGGCGGGAUGUUGUGCGCUGUGGUUGAAUUUACGGAUGCCGGCACUGCCUCGUAUGCUUUGCAUAGUCUCCAAGGAACGCGACUAAACGACCGAUCAGCUAUGAGGAUCGAGUUUGCGAGACCUGUACAGGAACUGAACGGUUUCUGACAUCACAAUGCUAUCUCAUUGUCUCGUGGGAGUUCUGGAAUAUUCUAGAAUGAGUUUAUUCCGAAACCACACUGGCUGAUUAUCUUCUAUAGGCUUCCGCACUACGCAGGGGUUAUUUUGUUCCCUUUCCCUUUUUUUCUCGUGCCCUUUCCUAAAAACCUUGGUUCCCGUAUUACACAAUGGUACAAUGAUAAGUUUACUGUACAUAAUGCUUCAUGGUUCCGAUGUUACUGUAUUUUUCGCGGUUCCUUCUUUGUUUUGAAGCAGAUUUUUGUUAAUAAAUCAAACUAUCUAUUAA